AUGGCAGCAGUGACAUCAUCAUCAUCAGCGUCACACAACAAACUCCGUGUCACUGGCUUUGGCGUCACUCAGCGUUACAGCAUAUUACUUCAGCUUCCGCACAAAAAGAUAUGGUGUGUAUCCCCUGUAUCGUGAUCCCGGUCCUCCUGUGGGUGUAUAAGCGGUUCCUGGAGCCGUUCAUCUAUCCUUUCAUCUCUCCGUUCAUCUCUCGCUUCUGGAGGAGCGCAGUGAAGGAGCCACCACAGAAGCCCAGCACUGACGAGUGUAAUGGAGCGGCGAAUGGGUCCACAGCUCACGGGCCGAAGACGGUGGCCGAUAAAAAAGCAGACUGACAGAUCGCAUGUUUCCGAAGGAGAUUUACACGUGCUGUUGAUAUGAUUGAACUUGUAAAUUCCCGCUUUAAAUGCAGCUUUACUAUAGUAACUAAUAUAUGAAUACACACACACACCACUUGUGUCAGAAACAUGACUUACAUUAAAUGAUUAAAUAAUGUUUAAUAGAAAUUAAUCUGUUUUUAUCAUUCCGUAACACUGUUGUUUUCAUUGAUGGCGUUUUAUCUUCUACUCAGACUGACUGCAGAACUUCUGUGUAUAAUUUAUGAGACUUCAUAUAAAAUAAACGUUGAACUAUUUUAA